AUGACCUUUCUCUCCGAGCACGACGUCGGUCGCUUUGUCUUGACGCCGCGCUCUCUCCUGCAUGCACUCCUCGUCACUGGCGAAGCCACGUGGCUCACGUACGUCAUCUCCGACGUCCUCUUGGUGAUCGCACCGCGCGAAGCGGCGCUCUCGGCGGCGCUCAGCAGCUACUCGGUGUGGGCUGUCACCCUCCUUCUUGAGCUCUUCUGGCCGCUGCAGCCCACGCUCACAAUCGACCGGACGUGCUCGCAGCGCGGCGUUGUGCUCUCGUUGCAGUGCAGUAGCGGCACGGUGGCCUUUGGCUCGUCGCAGCGCCUUUUGCUCCUCGUUGCCGUCAACGGCAUCGCGAGCCUCGUUAGCAUCCUCUUUGUGCGCGUCACGGCCAGCAUGCGGGUGCCACGUCAGCUGCGCACGCGGCGCGCGUCGACGCUGACGUCGGCGGCGGCCGAGGCCUUCUUGGAGCUGCCCGGUGACGACGCGUGGAGCAUCGACCCUGCCCUCGGGUGCAUGAUGGGCGUCUUCCACUUCACAUGGCGCCGCGACGAGUACCACUUCGACACGAAGCUCUGGAUGAGCUUUCUAAAGGCAAGUGCUGGCCCGUGCAUAGACGUUGUGCCGCCGAAUGCGCCACCCGUGUUGCAUGUGGCGGUGACAAACCGCCGGGCCGCGAUCGUCAAGGUCUCUCUCGGGCUCUGCUACCUCUUGGCGACGGUCGGCAGUAGUGUGUACUACCUCCAGCUCUCGUCGGUGAACCUCGCCAACGACCUCUGGUGGGUCUCGUUCAACACGACGGGCAUGCAGACGUAUCUCGCCAACUGGUUCAACCGGUAUCUCUGGCUCACGCCGCGCUUGGAAAACGCGCCGCUGAACCUGCCAAUGUACGCCGACGUGAACGCGUAUGCGACCAAUACGACGUCCGUCUCGAUCAUGGACAUGCUGCCGCGCCGUCUUCACUUUGAGGUAGCGAGCGACUUGCCGCUGGCCAUCCACGGGCUCCGCGCGACGAACCCGUGCUUCCUGCCGUGGAUUGCAACGCAGUACUGCUGGGUGGACUUUGAGAGGCGCUGGGCGAUGGCCAACUCGGCGGCGCGCGAGGCUCGAUGUGCCGCCAAGUACGCUACGAAUGCGGCCGUCUACUUGGAGGCGCCGCUGCGCAACACCGACUGGGAUGGCUUUGAGACGUGCUGGGGUGACGUGUUCGCAACGGGAAUCGCCGCCGACUUGCGCCAAGACCUCGGUGGCCGCCUGUGGCUGGAAGCGACGCAAGCCAACGCCAACUCGGAGGAGAGCGAGGUCGCCUACUGGAUUAGCACCGGGCUUGUGGCCUACACCGCCGCCUGGCAAAACUACAAGUCGGUGGGGGUUUUCAACACCUUCAACGUCGUCACGGCGCUCGGACGCGCCUUCCCGUUCACGCUGCAAGCGUCGAACGGCUCGUUCCAUGUAGAGACGCAGACGUCGUACAAGAUGUACUGGAAUUUGGCGAGCGAUUUCUGGGCUCUCGCCACCAACGAUUCGGGCGUCGCGGGCAAGUCACUGCUGCGAUCGAGCUCCCGCUUUGCCUUUGCCAACACGUCGUUGCUUGACGUCUACUACCGCAACGGCUCGAUGAGCGCCCCCUUGGAUCCUGUCUACCACGUGUUUCAGUCGCAUCUCGGUGCGUUCGGGUCUGUGGACCUGCACCAUGUACCGUGCCCGGCGUCGCUUGCCGCCCUCGUGCGCGAUGUUCACGAAGCGCUACGGCGUGUCUUGGCCAACACGACGGACAGCAACGGUGGCUACACGGCGCAGAUCGCGUACCUCCAGCUCGUGACCAUGCAGGGUCUCGUGGCCGUGCCGAGUUCUCUCGACGCAAGCUCGCAGUACUCGGCGGGUAGCAACCUCCUCUGCCAUGCCCCGCUCUCAUCGUUCAAUCUCUCGUUCGGUCUUCCAUCGUACUUUGGCGUCGCGGUUGGUUGCAAUGUCGUCUUUGGCGAGUGGGUGUAUGUCAUGAAGGACCAGAUCCUCUUCGCCUUGCUCGCCUCGGGUGUUGCUUUGGCCCCAACAUUGCGCAUUCCCUCUACAUGUAAAGUGGAAGCGGUGUCGCCGUCCGACUGCCGGGCCAUGCUCACAAGCAUCUCAGCGUUCCUUCAUACGUACUUUGCCCCCGCGUAUCUGCAGGCACUGCGGGCGCAGGCGCAGCGCGUGCAAGUCGAUGUGAACGCGCUCUCGGUGGACCUUGUCACGUACGUCAAAGACGCCAGCACGAACGAGAUCUCGCUCUUCCACCAGCGGAUUGUAGACGACGCGGAUGUGCCCUUGCAGCUGACCGGUUGGACGAAUCUCUACGACUGGGUCCUCGGCUUCCGCGAGGUCGUCGCCUUUGAAGCCGACAACGCGUCGCUCACCGUCAUGUCGACUGCGUACAUGACGACAACGUUUGCGGCCAGCGCGGCCGAGGUGCCAGUCAACGUGGCAACGUACCUCCGGGUGUUUUGCCAGUACAUUUCGCUGCUCCUUCUCGUGCUCUCGCUCGUUGCGAUGUCGUACACGGUGCAGAACCGGUUCACUAGCGAAGGCUUCAACCUCUUUGAGGUCAACCGCGUCGGCGGCAUGGUCUGGAUCGGCCGCCCGAUGCUGUUCCUGCGCAGUGUGACCGCACUCUGCAUUCUCAGUACUGCGACGCUGCAGCUACAGCUCGCCGGCAACGCCACGACCCUCGAUCCGGCCCGCCAAGACGUCUCGCCCUUUCUUGCCAUCUGCACGAAAGUGCUCGCGGCCGGCGAGCUCGGCUGGCUUGUCUACAUUGCCGACGACAUCUGCAUGGUCAUCACGCAGCAGUACACGGCAUCGUACACCAUCAAGGGCGCGUUUCUCGCCUGGGCGAUGGCCGCCAUUCUUAGUCUUAUUGCACCCGUCGCGCACAGCGUGGACCUGGAGCUUCACUGCGCCGUGGACGUGACCGACUACCAAGCCGUCUCCGUCCUUAUGUACCUGCACGAUCGCCUGCGCUAUACGUUGCCGCCGCCGACCGAGAAGCCGUCGUAUCUGCUCUCUUGCGGCGCCAAGUACCUCUUUGAGAAGACCGGGUGGGUGCACGACGGCGUGUACCACGUCGACGUCGCCUCGGCCGCCUUGACCGGCCUCCUCACGUGGAGACAACAGGACGUGAUCCAUGUCUUUGACGUCAAGACAUGGCGCGUCCAUGCGAUUCGAACGACGGCGUCCAUGCAGAAGGGUGCCCAGUGGGAGCCGCGGCUUCAUGGUGCGCUGCCGCUCGUCGAGUAGACGAUCGAUCGAUGUGUCUGUGCUCUCGAGUGGUCGUCGAUGGGCAAAGUCGUCCUACAUGGUGCC